CAAGACACUCCCGAUGCAGCCCACUGGUGCGGCGCCCUCGUCCCGUCCCCCCAGCCCUGCCCUCUUCCAGCCCGCCGACCUCUUUGACCUGUCAUUGCCCAUCAGCAAGAUGGCCGCCAUGGCCAUGGCGACUGACGAGGCCAAACGAGCCGCUCUCCGCUCGCAGCUCGCCACCCGCACUCGGCAACAGGAGCUGCUGGGCCACACUGCGGAGACCGUCAACAGCACCCUGCUCAACGCCGUCGAGCAGCACAUCGAGAAGGCCCUCAAUCGUCUCGGCCUGGCGGACGUGUUGGCCUUUGACAUUGGCGGUGAUGUGGAGGCCGGCUUGAAGGCGGUCUAUGUGCUGGAGCGGGGCAGUGGCGAGGAGUGGCGGGUGAUGGGGCGGUUCCUUCGGAUGGCCUUCAUCUACCGGCUCACCCCCAACACGACGCGGCCUCUCCGUCUGUCGGCCGACUCGCUGCCCACAGGAACGGCCUUCCACCAGCUGCCCCUCACCAUGGCCAUCUACAAGAUCAUCGGACAGCAGCUCACAUACGCAGGGACCAGCCUGGUGCUGCAGCAGGCCGACAAUGGGGCCUAUCGAAUCGGCAAUCAGUUCUUUCGUGUGGUGUCAUUGGGUGAGCUGCCGAUGGGCUAUCGCUAUGCUGAGGGCUACAAGCGGACCGACCUCGCCAUCCGACGGGGCGUCAGGCUCUUUCCCUCAUUCUCGGCAUUCCUGCUGGGCAGGGUGCUCCGCUGGUGGUCGGAUGAAGAUGGAGUGGGCGACAAGACGGUUCUCGCUGCUCACGUCUACCGUGGCGACCCUCGCUAUGGCCGCCUGCUGACCGACACCAUCACGGAGGAUUUGGGCAUCGCUAUCGAUUAUCGCGAUGACCGGGGCGAUCUGAAUGAUGCUCAUCCGAUUGACUGCCGUUUUGUGAUUGUCAGCGGCUUCCGAUGCAACAAGACCGUGGCUGUUAAUCUGAGAGUGGGGUUGGCCGAAAUCGUGCUGCGGACGACCGAGGCUUCUGUUGCUGAUCGAUCUCGGUCACUCGCUGUCCGCUUCCCCAUUUCGGAGCCUCUGUAGCGCCGUCUGCUGCGGCGAUUCGAGUUGGAGACCGACGUCAUCGACGGGGGGACGGUGGUGGGGUGAGCAGUGCUGCUUGGCGAGUGGCGUCGUGUAGCCGUACGCCGGUGGGGCAGUGUGUGAGUAGUGGAGGGAGACUGAGUGCAUCUGAAUGGCGGACGUGAC